AGAGUGUAUGGUGGAGUUGUGUGCUUUCCUGAGUGGACCGAAGUGCUUGCUAUAGCAGCUGACUGGUAUACUGACUCUGUCUUCAUUUCACCUCCUCACCCACCAGCCCUGUCUGCUUUGACUAACUGACUCACUGGAUUUCCCACAGAUGUGAUGCUCCUGUCUUGUAUUGUUCCCCCCUGAGGCUGUACACCUAGUGUUUCAGAGAGGACUCUACCUUUACUGCUCUGUGGAUUCUACUAAAGGAUUUUUAUCCUACCUCUGGGGUUUGUGUAGUUUUAGUGCAGUAUGUCAGACAAAGUGAGUGUGGGGGUAUGUGUAAAUGUGUGUGAAGAUGUGUAUGUAGCUGCUAUGUAUGAGUGAGUCAAUUAGUAUGUAAAAGUGUGUGUGCAUCUCGGGGAACAAAAGGAAAAUAAUAGUUUUUGUUCCUGGAAUAGAUAGAUGGAAUAGAUAGAUGGAUACCUUGUUGGACAGUAAUAGUGUUGAGGAGGUAUCCAUGGGACACUUUGUGCUUCGGACCAUGACUGGGUCAGGUGGACACUGAGAGGGAACGCUGUUGCCUUGGAUGCAGAAGGAGAGGUUCCAGUGCCACUGUGAGAAGCUGCUUCAGUCCCAUCAGAGCUGAGAGGUGUACGGUACAGCAGACGCAGAACAGGGAACACCACACUACACAGGAAGGCUGAGAACCGAUUGGAGAGGAGCGUGACGACAACAUCCCAACCCAUUCCAACGCUAGCCGUGCCAGGCUACUGCCAACCCCAGGACGCCAUGAUGACCGUAAUGAUGAUGAUGGCGAUGAUGGUGACAUGUAGCUCCCUGCUCCUCUUGGGGCUCAAGGCCUCCCAGGUCUCGUCCAGCGGAAUCCCCAAGACCAGCGACUCCUCUUCACCCUCCUCGUCCUCCUCACACCCAUUCUCCUCCUCCUCCCCUCGCAUGAAGCUCUCCUACAAAGAGCUGCAGCAGUUCCAUGGCGUGCGGCGGUUCGAGCUGGAGCGCUCGUGCUGUUUCAGCGCUCUUUUAUUGGAUGAGGAGAGAGGACGGCUGUUUGUGGGCGCACGCAACUUCCUCUUGUCACUCAGCCUGGAUAACAUCGCCAAGCAGGAGCACAAGAUCUACUGGCCAGCCCCGGUGGACUGGAGGGAGGAGUGUAACUGGGCAGGAAAGGACAUCAAUACAGACUGUGUGAACUAUGUGAAGUUAGUGCACCACUACAACCGCACCCACCUAUAUGCCUGUGGAACCGGGGCCUUCCACCCCACCUGCGCCUUCGUAGAGGUGGGACAGAAGAUGGAGGACUAUGUGUUCAGGAUUGACCUGUCCAAGGUGGAGGAUGGAAAGGGGAAAAGUCCAUAUGACCCCCGUCACCCUGCAGCCUCAGUACUGAUAGGUGAUGAGCUGUAUGCGGGUGUGGCCACAGACCUCAUGGGACGAGACUUCACCAUCUUCCGCAGUCUGGGGGGACGACCAUCCAUCCGCACUGAACAACACGACUCACGCUGGCUCAACGAGCCUAAGUUUGUGGGUUCGUUCUGGGUGCCAGAGAGUGAGAACCCAGACGAUGAUAAGAUCUUCUUCUUCUUCCGGGAGACGGCGGUGGAGGCCCAGGGUCUGGGGAAGUCCACCUACUCCCGCAUCGGUCAGCUCUGCAGGAAUGAUAUGGGUGGCCAGCGUAGUCUGGUCAAUAAGUGGACCACCUUCCUGAAGACUCGUCUCAUCUGUUCUGUGCCAGGCAGUGACGGCAGUGACACCUACUUUGAUGAGCUCCGGGACGUAUUCCUGCUGCAGACCAGGGACAGGAAGAACCCUCUGGUCUACACCGUCUUCUCUACCUCUAGCAGUGUAUUCAAGGGAUCAGCUGUGUGUAUCUACACCAUGAAUGACAUCCGCAGGGCCUUCCUGGGGCCCUUCGCCCACAAAGAGGGGCCAAACUAUCAGUGGGUCCCCUUCCAGGGCAAAGUCCCCUACCCACGCCCUGGCAUGUGCCCCAGCAAGACGUUCGGCAGUUUCGAGUCCACCAAGGGUUUCCCUGACGACGUGAUCCAGUUUGCGCGUCACCACCCUCUGAUGUUUAACCCUGUAUACCCCCUGAACCGCCGGCCAGUCUUCCUGAGGACCAACGUAGACUACAGCUUCACCCAGAUCGCUGUUGACCGGGUGGGCGCCGCCGACGGGCAGUAUGACGUCAUGUUCAUUGGCACAGACAAAGGGACCGUGCUGAAGGUGAUCUCUGUACCUAAAGAGAGCUGGAAGAACAUGGAGGACCUGCUACUGGAAGAGCUAGAGGUAUUCAAGGAUGCCUCAUCCAUCAUUAACAUGCAGAUCUCCUCAAAGCGGCAACAGCUGUAUGUGGGUUCAGACACGGGUCUGGCCCAGGUUCCUCUGCAUCGCUGCAGUGUCUAUGGGAAGGCCUGUGCUGAGUGCUGCCUGGCCAGAGACCCAUACUGCGCCUGGGAUGGCACCUCCUGCACCCGCUACCUUCCCAACACCAAACGGCGUUUCCGUCGUCAGGACGUGAGGAAUGGAGACCCCAACACGCUGUGUUCAGGAGACCACCACAAGCACCGCGUGGCAGAGAGGAGGCUGUUUGGGGUGGAGGGGAGCAGUACCUUCCUGGAGUGUAUCCCCAAAUCCCUGCAGGCCAGAGUGACCUGGACCUUCCAGAAACACCCCCACAACCCCAGGGAAGAGCUGCGUCUAGAUGACCGUGUCCUGCACACAGAGCGGGGACUGUUGGUAAGGAGGGUACUGAAACGUGACACGGGCCUCUACCAGUGCCACGCCAUGGAGCACGGCUUCACCCAGACCCUACUGGACAUCAUACUGGAGGUAGUACCCUCCUCUUCCUCUUCCCCCUCUCCACCCGCUGACUCUCUCCUCCGAUUGGACCCCCGUAGCGGCGGCCCACCCUCCACCAGUCAGAAGAUGUGGUACCGGGACUUCAUGCAGCUGGUGGACCACCCCAAUCUUAGCACCGUGGACCAGAUCUGCGAGCAGGUCUGGGCACGCAAGAAUGCCCAAUCGGGAAAGAGCUUCCCGGCUUCUCCUGCCAAACAGGCCCCGCCCCUCGGACCUGUGGUCCAGACCCCUAACAAGAAGUGGAAGCAUCUUCAGGACAUCCGCAAGGGGAGGAACCGCCGAACCCACGACGGGAAGCCCUCCCCACGAGCACCGCGAAGCGCAGGGGAGUAACAACAGUCAGAGAGAGGAGAAGGAGAUGGACUGAUACAGACAGAGUUUAGGGAGAGAGGAAAAAAGAGGAGGAAAAGAGAGGGACAGAGACUGAUAGAGACCAAGGACUUGUGGAGGGGGUCAACCACACACACACAGCACCUCCUUCUUUGUGAAUAUUUACCUUCCGACACCCCACUAUCUACUGCCCCAUGAUGCUUCACUAUUCCCUGACACCUGACCCCUGACUACCACCCCUUGCUUGUAUUGCCUCCUAUUAAUACCCCAUCCUAAUUCUAUCUGCCCCAGCUGUCAGUCACAUUGUAUGCACUCUGCUGGAGAGCUUCUGAUAGAGACCUCACCACAGCAGAAUAAACUGAACAGACAGCCAGACAGACAGACAGCCAGACAGACAGACAGACAGCCAGACAGACAGCCUGACAAGUUAAAGGAUGGCUCAGUGUGUGUAACUCAAUCUCUCAACGGAAAUACAACUGGCUCGUAACUGGAAUAUCAGAACGGAAACAGACACACAUUUAUAACCCAUGAUGACAAUGAAUUUGAUGAUGAUGUGGAUGAUAAAUUGUGAGAUGGACAAAAACAAUGGGAUCAAGACAGAAUACACAUAACUCCAAAUGCAGAUUGAUCCACGUAGAUAUAAUCACAUUUCACGUGUUUUAUAUGCAAAGAUAACAUAAUGUAGACGUGUGCUUUGUGGUAGAGCUAGGCUUUGAUAUACUUCUUAGCAUUUUGGUCCAAACAACUACAGAUUAGAGAAGGCACUGUACUGUCAUUCCAGUGUAUAUAGAGUACUCACAAUGAGGGUAGAUUCUGAAGCAGAGAGAGUGUACAGGAUCAAUAGAAUGGUUCUAUUGUGAUUUUGUUUUUCAAAAUGGCUGACAAGGUAGAGCAAGUGGAAGAUAUUCUACAUAUAUGUUCAUGGGGUGACGAGAAAUAUGUCUUGUGUUUUAUUUAGUCUUUUAUUUAAAUGACCUGUGUGUAUUUUCUGAUUGUAAUGACUUGUGUUGUGUGCUGACACAAUGACAUGUGGGAGUUGAGAUGGUACUAGUGACAGACUGCACAACAUCAAUGUGUAGGUGAGAUUGCAAGGCCUUGUGAAAGAAUAGUAGACUUUAAAUACGACAUCCCAUCUUUGGGCUAAAAGCAUAUUUAUGUGUGAAAACAUCUUGAUUCUUAUUCUAAAUGGUACCUACUUUGUUCUUUUACACUGUUUAUGUAGAUGUGUGAGUCUGUGUGCGUGCGUGCGCGCGCGUGCGUGCGUGUGUGUGUGCGUGUGCGUGUGUGUGUGUGUGUGUGUGCGUGCGUGUGUGCGUGCGUGUGUGUUGGCAAGAGAGCUGAAGAGUGUUUCUGGUCAAUUCCCUGCUAUGUAAUUCAUUAUAUCAUAAACACAUACAGACAAAUAUCACCACUGAGGUGCCAAGAAUUGCAAAAAAUGACAGUUUUGUCUGAAUUCAAGGACAAUAAUCAGGUACAAUAAAACAAAAUGUUAAAGUACAGACAUUAUAAGAACUCCAUCCUUGCUGCUUUUUCUGUAGGCCCGUCUCUGUGUGUCAAUUACACAGGUUACCGUUGCUGCCUUGUUCAGCAAAACCUGUUUGUCCUCUGUGAAGUGGUGUGAGUAGAGCGCAACCUAGUGAUUUUUCCGUGUACAGACCUGGCCUGGUCCAAGGACUUUCUGUGGUGAUUCAAUAUACUGACAUAUAGUCUGUUGUGAAAGACAAGUGGCUUUGUAAAAUAAAACAUGCUUUUACUUUUUCCCUUAUCCCAGUGGAAUCUAUGAGAGCGUUUAGAUGUAUUAAAUCCUGUCUGUUAUUUAUACCUGCUUUAUAAAGAUGUCAUUAUUAACUCUUGAAUGACUGAGGAAAAUAAGUUAAGUGGACUGUAGUUUUGUGCUCUUUAAUUGCAUGACCAAUGUUAGUGGCUACAUAUGGACAUUGGAGACUUUGGCUGCCUCCCUAAAUGGCACCCUAUUCCCUAAAGUGCACUGCUUUUGACCAAGGCCUACAGGGUUCGGGUCAAAAGCAGUGCACUAUGUAGGGAAUAGGGUGCCAUUUGGGACAUACUCUUUGAGAUAGCCCAAAGGUCUGCAGAUGGCGAUAUUGAGUCAUUUCAUCUUACUGUCCAAAUGGAAUGGAAUGCAGCCGGCUGUACACUCAUGUCCCACGUCGACCUGUUCGUACAUAAAACAUUCUCCAUUCAGGCUACAAAUGUAUACAUUCCAUCCUUAACUUGAUUUAAUGGUGAGAAAGCAGAUAGAAAUGGGGAAAAUAUGCAUACUUUAUGAAACACCAUUUUCCACCACCAUGCUACAGUAGCUAAUGCUAGUUCUGGAUGAUGCAUAUCGUGUUCAGCCAAUCAGGUUGCAGCAAUACGCAACAUCCAAAUAUAAAAUAAAAUAAAAUUGUAUUGGUCACAUAAACAUAUUUAGCAGAUGUUAUUGUGGGUGUAGCUAAAUGCUUUUGUUCCUAGUUCCAACAGCGCAGUAGUAUCUCACAAUUCACAACAAUACCCACAAAUCUAAAAGGAAAAUAAUGGAAUUAAGUAAUAUAUAAAUAUUAGUACUAAUAUACUCUACCAUGAUGGUGGAAAAUAGUGUUUCAUAGUGAAAGUACGCAUAUUUUCCCUGUUUUGUCUCUCUACCUUCUCGCAAUUCAAUUGGGUUAAGGAGAAAAUGGACGCCUUAGCAGCCUGAAUGGAGAAUGUUUUAUGUACGAUCCGGUCCAGGGGGAUGGGAGUGUGAGCAUUCCCUUUGGAUGGUAGGAUGAAACGACUCAAUAUCACCAUGUGCCGGCCUUUGGGCUACUUCUGAGAAGUGCGACUGAGUUGAGAAAGCACAAUGUCAAUAUGGUUAUGCUAUGUAUUUAUGUGUGCAGAUAAGUUAAUAUGAUGUGGAGGAUUUUUUUGUUUUCUUGUAGAGACUAAGGGCUCUAUUCAAUCUGUAUUGCUGAAACGGUAGAAAUGUUAAGGCAGUUGCCUUGAAAUGUCAAUCACGCUGUAACGCUGAACUUCUGUGAUACGGAUUGAAUAGAGCCCUUAUAUUUGUACCAUAGGCCUACACAUUCUCCCAAAAUACCAUCAUUUAAAACAUAUUUCUGUAAAUGUUGAUCCGGUUGUCCAAUUAGCAUCAUUGUUCUUUACACUGCCCUCCAAUCGCUGAUCCUUUCUAUUCCUUGCUAUGUUACGUACCCCAACAUUAUUUCUGAGAGAGAAAGAGUGUGUGUGUCUGGGUGCGUGCGUGAGUGUUUUGUGUAUAUUUGGGGGAAAGGAGAGCUGAUAUUGGUUAAGGAGGAGAGGUGGUCUGUGAAGACAGUUCAAAGUUCAAGGCCAAAGUUGACAUGGUGCACUGUAUUACUUCCAAAGUCCUAUGUGGAUUGUUAUGUCAGAUUGUUUUUAACACAAUAAAAUACCCAGUUACUUUA